GAAGGAGCGUUGAUAAAGGAGGAGUCCACGGAAUGUAACACGUCCUCCCUCUCCACAAGAGAGCUGUGUACCCUGCUAGAUUUUUAAAUAGCUUCCCUUCAUUCCCUUUAACGUCUAAUUCCUAAAAGCUCGCUCUCUCUCUCCCUCCCUCCCUCCUUGGAUCAGGCAGCAACCUAGAAAUGGGAGGCGCACUAAGGAAACAAUUGAGGUCAAAACCAUGUGAAGACCCAGCCGAGCUAAAGCAGAUUAUUGUUCAUUUGGAAGCACAGAUCCAACAGUUGAAGAAAGAAAAGAAGAGAGAAGAACGAGCUCACAGGAAAGAGUUAUUGAGGAAACAAGCAGAGUGGAACCAGGAGAAGAAGUUUUUGGAAGAGGAGAUAAACGCCCUCGCCAGCUGCUGCGAGCAGCAAAGCAAAAGCGAGGGGCUGCAGCUGCUGGAACUGACGGAGUGCGAAUGGUCCCAAAUCUUGGUCGAGCAGAUAAAGGAGCAGAAGCAACGGGAGGAGGCGGUCGAGAAAUGGAAGCGCCUGUACCUCGCAAUCAAGAACGAACUUGACCAUCUCAUUCAGGCCACAACAAUUCUCUCCUCUGCGCAUCAAGGAGAGGAAAGGCUCGUACUAGAGUGGAUGAAGGAAGAGAUGAAGGCAAAAGAGGAUCUCAACGAAGGGCUAAAGGCGAAGGUUGUAGAGAUGGAGAAGGCAAGUGCAAAACGAGAAAGGGAGGUAGACAUUCUCAGACAGAGCAUCCGGAUUAUGAACACCAACCCUGCCAAACGGCAGUCCACUAGAACUAAUAUGUCGAGAAGUCUGCAAAUGUAAGAUUCCCAAGCUAAGUAGUUCAAAGGAGCUGUUGUAAAACCAUCAUAAUGGUUUAUUUACGACAUCAAAUAGACGGAAAAUAUUUAUUUAUUACA